AUGCCUCCACUAUCACCUAUAAGACAGCACGAAAGCUCGAGUCAGACCUCCUCCAGCCGUGACUCCCGCAGCCGGAGGAGUAAUGACUCGUACGGGUCCCAAUCCACUGCCCCCACCUCGCUCUAUACCUCCCCUCGCCCCUCCGAUCUCAAGACAUCACGCUCGUCCAAUGGCAGCCAUGGCUACUCCGAGGCCCCGGCGGUCCACCAAGCCAAUGCUCCCCGUGAAGACGCCAGCCCCGAGACCUCACUCUACCCGCGCUCCUCGGUCGACUCGUAUGCCUCGACGACAGCCUCCUCAGAGGGCGUGGACGCUAUGGAUGUGGAUGAGACCCCGAUGGAUUACGAGUACAACAGCAUCCCGCCUCUUCCAGUCUACCGUCGCGAAAUGGUCGAGCCUAACGUGCGGGCAUCGACUCCACAGGACUUUGCCAAACUCUUCCCCUCGCUUAACCGCCUGACGAUUCGGCACGACGAGUUCACGCCCGAUGGCAACAUGAACCUGCGGAUCGACACGGUGGUGACGGGCCGGAGAAGGACGGCGAUCCAGCUCUUCCACUUGCGCAUGUACGACCUGGCCAAGCGCGAGUUCUCUCUGCGGCGGUAUUGCCGCGACUCGGGUCGCGAAGUCUGCAACUCCAAGCGCAAGUACAUUGAGCCCGCCGCGGCAAAGCCACUGGACGAUGAACGGCCGACGCUGAAGCGGUCCAUGUCGACGGCGAUCAAGACGCUCAGUAGUGCGCGGCCGGCAUUGCGCCGAGCAAAGUCCAGCUUUAGCCCGGCCAUUAAUCGACCCGGCACCGGGUACUCAACUAGCGACGGCGACGAUGAGGUGUUUGGCGACAGGAGUAACCUGUCGAGUGUAUCGCUGGAUAGCCGCGGGGCCAAGCCCAAGGUCCAACGGCCGCUGCCGACCAACACGAUCAAACUCGAAUUCAGCAACUACGCUCGCGUGGACGUACAUCGCCGCGGCAGCAAGAACAACAAGCGCUACGAGUUUGCGUGGUGGGGCCACCGAUACAGCUGGAAGCGCUCGUUUGACAAGCAGCUGGGCUUGGUAUCGUUUCACCUUGUGCGAGACGGAAAUGCGGGCGCACCAGUCGCGCACAUUGUCCCCGAGACGAGAUCCCCAAGCCAGGUCCUUGCAGAUGAGAACGCUGGCGGAUGGGUCCCGCCCCAUUUCAUGUGGAUCGCAGAUGAAGCGAUCGUAGGCGCCGUUACGGACGUUGCCGAUGUAAUUAUGGCGACAGGCCUCAUGGCCCUCGUUGACGACUGCAUCAAGGAGAGGUGGCAGACCAAGAAGAAGGUGCACCGAAUUCCGGUGCCCCUGACUUCGAAGACGGUCAACCUCGGGCAUGUUGGCCCACGAUCCUUCAUGCAGCACGUGUUUGGACGGCGGCACUCGAAUGACUAUUCGGCCCCGCCAAGUCCGCUCCGGUUCGCGAAUCCCGUAGCUGCCUGCUAG